GAAAAUCUGACAGUCGUACAUGUAUUUCUUGUUUCAAAACCUUGCUCUUGGAAAUCAUGUGAAAGGUUGUGGACAGAAUUUGCGACUGGGUGUCACAGUGUAUUUAUUCCAACCACUGUGAGUCAUGGAUGCGGUCGUCUCAAAAAAGCCAAAGGUUGCGUUCAACACCACAAUGAACCGUGAGAUGUUUCCUCAUGAAAUGCCACCCAAUCGGUUUGGAAAUGAACUUAUUCCAAUCCGAGGGGCACCACACAGAGGACCUGGAUGUUAUGAAAAUGAGGACAAAACUAACUUUUGGUACCAAAUUGAGAACAAAAUCAACAGUACAAAGGGCUACACACUUGGGGCCAGAACAGCUAAAAGGGGACCACCGCUAAAGGCUUUUUUGACACCCAGCCCUAUGGCUUACCAGACGGAUCGUACUGAGCCCAGGGUGUUCACGAAAUCCUUCAAACCAUUUAAUGUGGCUGCAGACAGAUUCCAAGUGUUCAAGAGGGAUCUCACAGAGGUUAUGCCAGGGCCAGGUACAUACGAGCAGGACAUCCCGUGCUCUCGGCAGGUACAGUGGCACCAGUCCUUUGGGGGAGCUCCCAUCAUGUUACCAGAUGUACAGGUUAAGAGCACCAUUGAGAAAAACACAGAUAAGCUUUACAGUACAAAAGAAGAGAAGAAAUAUCACAGAAAAUUGGCUUACCUGAAGUUGUAUUAUUAAGACAAAGCAAAAUGACUUUUUCCCACCCUUGUUUAUAACAUGUACAUACUUGUAACACCAUUGAAGGCUGGUCCUGCUUUACGUGUGGCAUGGUUUGUAAAUACUCCAUUGUUGUAUAUAGAUAUCUGUUUAUUUAAAUUAAUGAAGAUUUCUAUAAAUAAAUGAAAU